UUUUUUCUCUAACUCUCAAUGGUUUGGAAGCCAGAGUGGAAAAAGUAAACAGCCUCCCUGGAUAGAAGAGUUUUGGAGGUUUGAGUACUGGUCUUGUAAGAGGUUAUAAGAGGGCAAGAGAGUUUAAAGCCAUGGGGCAAGGCAUACUCUGGGGUCAAGGAGAGGGAGUACAGUGAAGGAGUCUAAUAAUUUAAGUAAAAUAUUGAAUGAUGUGGCAUAAAAUUUUUAAGUUUUAUCAUAAAUACUUAAUGAUUAUUCAGAAUUUAGUCUUCGAAAAGGUAACUUGCCAGGUGAAAAAAUCAUUUUUGUUUUUUCUGCUAGACAAAAGUUUAGAGAGUAUUUCUCUAGAUGCUUCUUAACAAACGCUUGUUAGCUGCCUUAAUGCUCUCAGGCAAAUUCUCCUUUUGAUUUGGCAGUUAGUUCUUCAGCUGUAAGCACUUUCUUAUUCCCUUCUGCUAUGGUGGAAACUUUAAAAGGUUUGCAAUUUUUGAAACAAUGUGGAAUUCUUUCAAAUUUGUCUCCAAGGACACUUAAGAAUUUGGAUUUGAUUCACAGGAUGACUAAAAAUAAAAUAAGAGAUCAAGGGCUUACAAGGUUAAAUUUCAGGAAAGCCCUCUUGGAUGCAAGAUAAAGGCGUGGUGUAAAACGAAAACAAAAGUAGUCGGAGUGGGACAGAGAGGGCAUUUGAUUUUACUUUCCGUACUCAAGACUGCUCCUUUCUGAAGACCGAAACAGAUUGGAGCCAUGACUUUGGAACACAACCAGUCAACAGACUACUAUUAUGAGGAAAAUGAAAUGAAUGGCACUCAUGACUAUAGUCAGUAUGAAGUGAUCUGUAUAAAAGAAGAGGUCAGAAAAUUUGCAAAAGUAUUCCUGCCUGCCUUCUUCACAAUAGCUUUCAUCAUUGGACUUGCAGGCAACUCCAUAGUAGUGGCAAUUUAUGCCUAUUACAAGAAACAGAGAACCAAAACGGAUGUGUAUAUCCUGAAUUUGGCUGUAGCAGAUUUACUUCUUCUAGUCACUCUGCCUUUUUGGGCAGUUAAUGCAGUUCAUGGGUGGGUUUUAGGGAAAAUGAUGUGCAAAGUAACAUCAGCCUUGUACACAGUAAACUUUGUCUCUGGAAUGCAGUUUCUGGCUUGUAUCAGCAUAGACAGAUAUUCUGCGGUAACUACAGCCCCAAGUCAAUCAGGAGUGGGAAAACCAUGCUGGAUCAUCUGUUUCUGUGUCUGGAUGGCUGCCAUUUUGCUAAGCAUUCCCCAGCUUGUUUUUAAUACGGUAAAUGACAAGGCUAGGUGCAUUCCCAUCUUUCCACACCACCUAGGAACAUCAAUGAAAGCCUCUAUUCAAAUGCUGGAAAUCUGCAUCGGAUUUGUGGUUCCCUUUCUUAUUAUGGGAGUCUGUUACUUUAUCACGGCAAGGACACUCAUUAAGAUGCCAAACAUUAAAAAAUCUCGACCCCUCAAAGUUCUGCUCACAGUGGUUGUAGUCUUCAUUGUCACUCAGCUGCCUUAUAAUAUUGUCAAGUUCUGCCAAGCCAUAGACAUCAUUUACUCCCUGAUCACCGACUGCGACAUGAGUAAACACAUGGAUGUUGCCAUUCAAAUCACAGAGAGCAUUGCACUCUUUCACAGCUGCCUCAACCCAAUCCUAUAUGUUUUUAUGGGAGCCUCUUUUAAAAACUACAUUAUGAAAGUAGCUAAGAAAUAUGGGUAUUGGAGAAGACAAAGACAAAAUGUAGAGGAGAUUCCUUUCGAUUCUGAAGGUCCUACAGAGCCAACCAGUACUUUUAGCAUUUAAAUGUAAAACUGCUCUGUCUUUUGCUUGGAUACACAUGAAUAAUGCUUCUCCUUCAGAUAAAACAUCUGCUUUCUUCUAAAACUCAAAUUUAAAACACUGUGGUUGCAACUUACAGCAACGAAGGGUUGGGGGUGGUGAGGAUGGUGAGGGUAGAAGGAAAGAGGAAACCAGAUAACAAAUGUGCAAAUUGUGAAAAUUAAAGUGAAUAAUAUAAGAAUAGUAGUAACAAGCAUAAAUAAAUCAAAACACUAUGUUAUAGGUUAGGCCAUCUAAAACAGAUUAAUAAAGAAACUUGAGCUAAGGUGCAUACAUAAUUAUUUUAAUUAUCUAAAUUUUAAUAUAAGAACUAUAUAACUGCAUUAUUUUAGUACUUGAAUAACUAUACAGCAAAA